GCGUGGUCUUUAUAAGUGAUACUGGGGAGGCCCAGGGACGAGGGCAUAGGGGUGGGGUGGUGAGGAGCAGAAACUGAGUUUUGAGCCUUCCUCCGAUGGGGGAGGUUGGGCCGGCAGCUCCCUCAGAAGUCCCUCCCUCACAACAGGUAUUUGGUCUUGGUUCCGUGGCUCAUAUGGUUCUGGGACAGCAAAAGCAUGGGAGCUUUCUUGGUGUCAACUUGGGUUUUGGCUUCGGAGUCACCAUGGGAGUGUACGUGGCGGGCAGCAUCUCCGGGGCCCACAUGAACGCAGCAGUGACCUUCACCACCUGUGCGGUAGGCCGAAUGCCCUGGAAGAAGUUCCCCGUAUAUGUACUGGGCCAGUGCCUGGGCUCCUUCUCAGCUGCAGGCACCAUCUACUUAUUAUUCUAUAGUGCCAUUUACAAUUUUGCAAGCGGAGAACUGUUGGUGACAGGUCCCAAGGCCACGGCAGGCAUCUUUGCCACCUAUCUCCCUGAAUACAUGACCUUGUGGCGGGGCUUCCUGGAUGAGGUAUUCUUGACCGGAAUGCUCCAGCUGUGUCUCUUCGCCAUCACUGACAAGGAUAACAGUGCAUCACUUCAAGGGGCUGAUGCCCUGGUGAUAGGCAUCCUUGUUUGUGUUAUUGGGGUGUCCCUCGGCAUGAACUCGGGAUAUGCAAUCAACCCAUCCCGUGACCUGCCUCCCCGCAUCUUCACUUUCAUUGCUGGCUGGGGCAAACAAGUGUUCAGCGCCGGGGACAAUUGGUGGUGGGUGCCAGUGGUGGCACCCACCCUGGGUGCCUACAUAGGUGGCAUUGUGUACCUGGGCAUAAUUCACCCCAGCAUACCACGGAAUCCUCAGAGACCGGAGAACUCUGCACCAGGAAACCAGAACGUAACCGUACCACCCAAGGUCCCCCUCACCUCCGUCACUUCCACCUAACCCGCCCCACCCCUCUGUGGCUCUAUGCCUCUGGAGAGCUUCUAAGUAGAGCUCUCUGUGACCACAAUCCUGCUGCAAUAAAGCACACCUCACUGGCAGUGGUCCUCCUGCAGCUGAACUCUCUCCUGGGCUCUUCUGGGACCUUGUCAUGUAGAGCAGGCUGGCCUUGAACUUGUGGCAAUCUUCCCACCUCUGUCUCCUGAGUGUUGGGGAUAUAGGCAUUUACCACCCUGCCUGCCAUAUUCCAGGGUUGUUCUUCUGGGCUCUUUUCUUAGCACUGGGGCAUAAGGGCCAAAAGACACCAGCUCUUUCCAGCUCCAGGAGUGGUGUGCCUGGGAGAAUGUCUACUUGGGGCCUCACAGUGAUAUAAAGACACCAGACAGACUGGUGGACCUUCAUGCAUUGGUGUAUGUGUUGGGAGAUGGGGGCCAGAUUUGGGGACUCUCUGAGGGUAUCCUGGGACGGUACUCCGGGGUCUCCUGCUUCUUCCUUCCUCCAGUUCUGAGCCGGAGAAGGCAAGGCCAAGAGUUUACACCAGGAUUUCUCAACCUGUUUUCAUGAGUGCCUUCCUCAGUGGCCUUUUAGAGUCACCCCCUGUGCACCCCCUCACCUUGAAACAGGGUAUUAUGUAACCAAGUCUGGCUAUGAACUCUUUUUUUUUUUUUUUCCUGCUUUUCAGGACACAGUUUCUCUGCGUAGCUUUGUGCCUUUUCCUGAAACUAACUCUGGAGGCCAGGCUGGCCUCGAACUCACAGAGAUCCUUCUGCCUCUGCCUCCUAAGUGCUGGGGUUAAAGGUGUGCGCCACCACUGCCCGGCUCCCUAGCUGAAAUUUUAAAACUCCAUUUCCAAGCCUGGUGAUGGGAUGAGGCAGGGGUCAGCAGACAUCAUCGUUCUGUCCUGUCAUCAAUUUCCAUGAAUGCUGAGUGAGCCCUGACUCUGUGCAGGCUCUGGAAAUGCAUGAUGGAUGAGGCUGGGCCUUUGUGUCUGAGGACUGUGUGUGUGAGUGUGUGUGUGUGUGUGUGUGUGUGUGUGUGUGUGUGUGUGUGAGAGAGAGAGAGAGAGAGAGAGAGAGAGAGAGAGAGAGAGAGAGUGUGUGUGUGUGAGUGUGCAUGUGUGUAUGUGUGUUGGCAGAGGGUGGUGAGGUGGAGGUGUGUGCAGUGUCCUUUACUGGGGCUGAGGGUCACACUUUAUAGCCUUAGAGAACAGGGGACAGAGGAGGCUGGACUCCUUCUGGAGGUGGGGGACAAGGUGAGAUUUAUUUAUUUAUUUAUUUAUUUAUUUAUUUAUUUAUUUAUUUAUUGGUUUUCAAGACAGGGUUUCUCCGUGUAGCUUUGUGCUUUUCCUGGAACUCACUUGGUAGCCCAGGCUGACCUCGAACUCACAGUGCUGAGAUUAAAGGCGUGCACCACCACCGCCUGGCAAGCUGAGAUUUUAAAAGCUCACCUGAACUAUACUACCAAGUGUUGGAUGCUGGAACUGGGACAGAUGGGUCCACAGAGAAAGUCAUGAGACAAUAUGCUGAGAGGGGUAUAAAAUAAUGAUUAUAAAUGUUGGUUUAAAAAGGGGAAGUGUAAAUGUGAAUUUAACAGGAAGUUGUAGACUUUUCAACACUGUACACAAACUCCUUUGUUACAAAUCAAUAUUUAUGCUUCUAAAAAAAUUAUGCCGAGAGGAGCCAGCAGGGCACGUAACGGGCCAGCUCAGCACUGUAGCCUGCAGAUGGGUUUUGCUCCAUCCCUACAAGGACCACUGGCGGGGCGACAUUUUGUGGGCAUAACAAGCAAUGCCGGGGAUGGAGCUAGGGCUGUUUGCAGAGCUCUUGCUUAGCAUGUGUGAGCCAUGGGUUAGAGCCCCAGCACGCUACAGAGCUAAGUGUGGUGGUAUAUACCUGUACUCUCAGCACUCAGGAGGCGCAGGCAGAAAGGCCAGCCACGAGCUUGAGGCCAUGGGUUACACUGUGAGCUCCCAGACCAACCUGGGCUACAGAGUGAGAUUCCAUCUCAAAACAAAGAACAGAGCAUAAAGCCGUACAGUCUAGUUGAAAAUAAGCAAUAUAGUCUCUGGACUUACACAUGGAUGUAACAACACUAUUUAAAAGGAGAGAUGAGGACUGGAGAGAUAGCUCAGAGGUUACAAGCAUUGGCUGCUCUCCCAGAGGUCUUGAGUUCAAUUCCCAGCACCCACAGGGUGGCUCACAACCAUCUGUAAUGAGAUCUGGUGCCUUCUUCUAGUGUCUAAGCACACAUGCAGGCAGAACACUGUAUACAUAAUAAAUCUUUGAAAAAAAAAAGGAGAGAUGAUUUCUCUAAGGGCAUGUUCAGAGCACAAGUUUCAUGUAAGAUUUUAAUGAUUCUCUAGUUCUAGGAUUAAAUGUAUGAAUUUGUUAUGUGAUUUUGCCUGAUAAUAUAUUGUGAUAUAAACUCCCCUGUGUAUAUGUCAUGUAUUUAAAAACAAAAAAAGAGCCUGAACUGAGCACAGUAACUCACACUUGUCAUACUGAAGGUUCAAGGCCAGCCUGGGCAACUUAGUGAGACUCUGUGUCAGAACAAAAGUAAAAUAUAUAUAAUAAAAGAGGGGGAGUGGGAUGGUCGGGGGGGGGGGGGGGGCAGAGCUGCCAAGCCUGACUACUUGGGUUUGAUUCCUUGGUCCCACACGAUGGAUGAAAGGAAACGACUCCCAAAAGUCGUUCUCUGACCUCCACAUGAAUGCUGUGGCAGUUGUGAGCACGCACAAACAUGCACACGCAUUUACACACACACACACACACACACACACACACACACACACACACACAGACUAAAAGAGAUCAGGAUGUGGUUCGAUUGUAGAGUACUCACAAGAGACCCUGGUUCAAUCCCCGGUACCACAAAAGAAGUAAGCAGAAGCUCUACAGAGGAAAUAAUCACAGCAUGGGAGUGGAAGGAGGCUGACAGGCAUGGAGAAUGCUGGGAUCACACGGGACCAGGAAGGGAAGAGAAAAGCUUGCGUGUACCUGGUGU